AUGUGGAAAGGUCACUAUCGAGAGGUUGGCGGCGCUGCAAACGGCGACCGCGCCUGGCAGCCGUACUCGGCGGUCCCACACGAUCAUCCGGUCCUUUCCCCUUCGGGUACAAAUCGGCAGGUUCUGUCACAUGCACCUCAACCAACAUACACCGGACAGGGGAGUUUUCCGGGGCAUAUGAAACCUCCUCAACCUGCUGUAGGACAGUGGCCCAGUCUCAGUUCCUCGGACAUUGGAAUGCAGUCAUUCUCAACAGGGAUGUGUGUCACGGCUUCUCCGGGACCUGGGUCGCAGGGCGUCGCUCCACCGAGACCAGCCUCUCCUGCGCUUGAUGGUCAUCUCCUGUCUUUUCCCGCAAAUCGACCAAACGCGUCCUCCUGUUUGCGAGGCUCCCGACAGAAUAAUUAUCUGGCACAGAGAGGCCUAACGGCAAGGCGGAUCGCUUUCCCAGGUUCCCCCAGCUCGCACCAGCAGGAGCUAAUGCAGGGGCCAAUGUCAAUUGGCUGUCGCAACACCGUUCUGCGCCCGAGGACACAGCGGGACGGUCUUUCCCCAAGAACAUCUAGAGGCUCGUGGUCCCCACUGCGUUUUUGUUCAGGGAAUACAUUACCAGAUCGUCUCAAUGACGGCACAAUGUGUGUGGCGUACGUUUCGCCGGUGAAUAAUCAGUCACCGGCGGGAGUCGGGCGCGACAUUGUGCGUUCUUCAGCUUCCCCAAGGGGCCGGGUAAGGGUGCCAACGAGACGAUCUGAAGGGAAAGCCGAAGGCUGGUUGCUGCCAAAGAGUCCGCGGAUCCAGAGCCCUUCGAGCCGUCGCUAUGAACUGGCCGCCGUGGCAGCUCUCGUCACUCCUCGGGUGGUCCCGGUACCCCGACUGAUUCCUUCUCCCACGAACCGAGUGUCCUCAGAGGAGGCACCACGCCUCGGUGACUCUUCCUGUUGCUUCCCUUCAAGUCCCAUGUCGAGGGGGGAUCCUCCCGCCUUCAGCGAAGACAGCAGCUACGAAAACGCCCUUUCUGAGCCGGCCAGGAGUGGAGCUACUCAUAACCACGCCUUUCCCUGGAAGGACCAUUCUGGAGAAGCAUACUGUCCCCACUCGGCUGACCCUGCUUACAUGCAUCAGAGGGCCACAAUGGCAGACUCGAAGGGUGGAUAUACAUUAGGGAAAGUCGCUGAGCAGAGCGGCAUGUCCACUUUUGAUCGCUGCGAGAUGCGACCAACCAAAAGCUCGGCAAGCAGCGCGGCUCCGACGAGCCCGACUUCGGGUAUGCAGGGCACAGGAGAGUAUGGGUCUGCAUGCAACAUGGCGAUAUGGGCGCAAGGCGCUGAGCACGGCCUAGGUCCUAUGCCAGCAUCUUGGAACAAUCGGAUACCUGAUUUCAACGGAAAGAACCAGGAGAAAGACUCGAGCGUGGCUGUGCCCCUGUCGGCGUGUUCGAAUGCAGCCUUGGAACACGCGAAUAGGGGUGAUGCGACAACUCGCUGGCUGGUCGGGGAAGGGAAGCUCACACUUCCGCCCACUCUAGGCGACCAAACCUCGCCAGUAAGGGGUGGGCCUUCAGGGGUCACCCGCACAGAUACCUCGGAGUACGUGGUCGAUGGGUGGUCAAAGAGCGAAGCAAUGGCAAACACAUUCCCAGUGUGUAUAUCUGAUCCGCGAAAUGCCACUGAAGAUCGCCCAAGGGACUCCCCGGGGGAUCCAUCUGUAGCUACAGCAGAACAACCUCUGGCCGCUGCGUUCUCACAGUGUCAUCCGACCCUUCCUGCAGCUCCAGGCAGGUUCUCCUCCGACCCUGGAAGUGGCAACACGAUGCCUGUCUUGAACCCCAGAGGCGAAUCGCCUUUGCUUUCAAAUGACCCCAGUCGCAACUUUAACGGAUUUCCUUGCUAUCCCCAGCAACCUGUCUCCUCAGCUGCAAUUGAGUCUCUUCUCACAGCCAGUCCACUGAGCACCUUGUCCCUCCCUUUUCAGUUCAUGGACUUCAAUGAGCGUUCAGGUGCAGCCCUGGAAGGAGCUGACCCGGAAGAGUGUCGCGUGCGUGCUCUUCUCCAGGACCUCCACCGCCUCCAGUUCCACCCUAAUGCGCUUAAACCCCGCGACGUAGUUUUCGGGUCGUCCUUUGUUAGUGGGAGGGGGGGCGAGUUGCAGUACCAGGUGAUCGAAGAAGGGAGUUUCGGGAAAGUGUUUGCGGGUUCGCUGGCACGGCGCCCAGAGCAAAAGGUUGCCAUCAAGGUUCCGGUGGAAGCAAUGCUGAAGACAGAUCCGGCGGGUGUCGUGGAGCGCUUUACGAACGAGUGGAAGAUUCUGGCUGCAUGCGACCACCCCGGAAUAGUAGGUCUUGUAGGGGGAGUCGUCCAUGGUCCUUUUGAUGUCUGGCUGGUAACCAAUCUCGUAGAGAACGGCCACGAUUUACACUCAAGGAAGUACUCGCGAGACCCGGAGAUUUGGCGAGAGAUCUCGCCGCAGGCGGCGCUUUCCAUGUGUCGGCAACUCGCCUCCAUCGUGGCAUAUCUGCACACGCCUAAGCCUGAAGCAGGGAAACCCGUCAUCGUACACCGGGACAUCAAGCCAGAAAACGUCAUCGUGAACGAUGAGUGGCAGAUUCAAAUCUGUGAUUUCGGCGACGCAGAAGCGUCUGCCGAUGGUCGCGUGUCCCGCGUCUCGGGGGCGACGUGGUUCUACGCGCCGCCAGAACUUCUUCAGUCGUCGCCAGUCGAGCGAGCCGCGGGCACCUUCGUGGGCAACCCAGAUGCGGACCGCGGGGCCGGACACGUUUUUGAAGAACCUGUGUUCAGCGAAAAGUGGGAUAUCUGGUCUAUGGGUUGCGUGUUCCACGAAAUGUUUGGGUUCCAAAAUCCCUUUCACACGUACGUCUCGCCCACAGACCCGCCGGAGUCUAUCUAUCAGAAGCUGAAGGAACGAGCGCAGCAAAAUGCACUCGUUCCUGUUAUCGACUCAAGGAUACAAGGCCUUGCCCGGGAGAUCAUAGCUAAGUGUCUCAACCCCGACCCGGAGGAGCGACCAAGCGCAGACGAAGUUUCUCGUAUGUGGGCGACCGCAGACGACUUGAUUCUCCAAGAUGUCCAGCUGCAGGUGUCCGGCAAAUCUUUCCAUGAACAAGAAGUCCCGAAAUCUGUGGCAGCACCGCAGGACGCUGCGGAGCAGAGGGAGGGACAAGCUGCUGGCAGAGGUGCGAAUUUGAUCGCACUCCCGGAUGCACAUAAUCCCCGUUCGGUGCCCGAUUUGUUUCACCAGCCACACUUGUUGGCGGGUGCCUCUGAGAAGGGCCUCUUGCCUAACAUACCUUUGAUGGAAAACGAUCCGGCAAUGCGGAGUGGAGCACAACUCCAAGGCACCCGGCUGUGUCUCCCUUAUGACAACGCGUUUUCUACUGAAACUCGCCUGCCUAUGACUUCCUGUGGGACACUUCCAAAUGACCCCAACGCCUGCUCCGUUGCACGGGUGCCGUCGGCUGCUCCCCUCAGCCAGGAUCGUACGGAGAAUCGCCUGUCUUCUGCGGGAAAGCUAGUCACUGCGGAAAGGUGCCAGCAUCUGGGUGCGUACCCCACCGUUGCAGGGGAGUAUUCCGAGACUCACCAGCAGGGCCUGAAGUAUUCAGUGAUGCAAAGAAACUUCGGGCUCGAACCCGCAGCCCCAGUUGGGUUGGACGGCCACAACCAACACAUGCACGCGAAACGUAUGGACAUGCAAUUCGUACCCCAGAAAGGAGUUGCUCAGGAAGGCACAAGAAUGAGGAUGAACGCUGAGCCGUACCUAGGACCGUGUGCUCCUGAUCAAUGUCAAGCCUCACCAGCAAUGAAAACUACAGGAGGACAAAGAUCCGUUCUCGGGAUCGGCCCGGAAGGGGCCGGUGUGCGACAUAUGGGAGGGGACGGUUUCGUAAGUGUUCCGAACCUCGCCGUUGUGUCAGCGGCAUCAGCUGACUUCGUAUGCUGACAUCCCGACGGAGAUUGCAAGAGCUUCGAUGGCAGUCCACAUGCAAUUCCUUCCUCGUGGUGGCUUCAGUCGGCGUUGCUCUGUCAGUUCUGCGAAUCCAUUAUGAACAUCUCGUUUUUCUCCAGGUUCGGAAUCGAACGACCAAUCCUACUGUUCGAGUUUUUGCUCUGCCUCCGCAGCGCACAACACGCGCUCUCGACUAAAUUUUGAAUUCCUUUAACCCUGGGCGCGUUCCUAAACGAGUGAAGGUUCAAUCCUGUGUGUGAUCAACUGUGUGCAUGCUAUUGCCGGCGUGCACAAGCAAUGAAUGCACUUUUUGGAGCUCCUUCGCUCAUUACGAAUGAUGCUGUAUCAUCACGUUUGUAGCUUCGGUCUGUUCACGCUCGGCUUUCCUCACUCAAAUCGAGAUGAGACGUAUUUUCCCCCGGUGCCCGCCACAACACGAGCUUGUGGUGUUGCUACCUCCGCAGAAGACUGAAACUGCCCAAGUCACAGGAGACAUGGUGAAACGAUCGAAAACUACAGCGAAU